AUGUUGACCCCUACGUUGGGAUAUUAUAACAACAACAUCCCCCCCACUCCAGCAUUCAACUACAAUUGGUACCCGAAUACAACAAUUCCCAACUUUCAACCUCAAGUUCCUCAAUAUCAUCAGACAUUUACUCCUAUACAUUACAACCCCCACGGGGGAAAGAGGACGAACUCGAUAAACGCUACCACAACGGCCAACCAGAGCAAGGAUCGAAGUGCACAUUCUUUGCCUCGAAACUCCAAGAAUAAGAGCAAAGCUAAAUCAACUGCCAUUGUCUAUAGCCCAUUGUCGAAACAUAUCGGAAUAUUCGAGGCCGAGAACAGUAAGGUUGCUAAACCCGCAUUUGGGGGGUACAAGCAGGGCGAUCGAUACACAACUCCCACCUCUGAAGGCCGGCAAAAUGCAAAUAUGUUCGACAAUAUGUCCCCCUUGUCAGAUUACAACUGGAAAGGUGGCUACCCCCCUGGAUGCACUCCCACGUCCCAGGAACUCGCGGACAACGGCUUCGCUACUCCCAAAAAUGCCACGCCGCCGCCCCUGGAUACCCCACGAGGCGACGUAAAGACUGCGGAAGGCACCCACCAGCACCACGACAACGCCUCGCAGCUCGCACGUGGUGAGAGUAAUGGUAAAAUAGCUUCCACCAGAAAUACCACUCCAUCUGGGCUUUUCGAAAACAAUAGCUCCAAUCCCUCCAGAACGCCUUCGCCACUGUCCCACGACGGCCGGGACGGCGGAACAGCCGCGCCUAGAUGUACCCCCACCUCCUUUCCCAUCGAGAAAAAACAGCCACAAAGUGACCGCGCCCACAGCAAAUCUCAACGCAAAUCCCGGCGGAACCCAGGCGCCACAGUCCCCACCGAUUCACGCAGUACGUCCCAGCCCGCGGAGCAGAACGCCGGCGCCGCGGACAUCAGCCCCACGCAGGUCCUCGGCCAGAGCGCACUCGUCGGGCGUGUGUACGGACACCGCGAGGCGGAUGGAGAGGAUCCCAGCCCGACCAUCAAAUCCGAGGGAUCUCCCUGGAGAACCGCCCGCUUCGCGCUUGCUAUACGUCCGUAUAGCGCGUGCGGGAGCGACGCGAGGAGCCCGAAGAUGGAGCUGGGGUUUAUUUGCCACAGGCGCUGA